AAAUGCUAACUUUAGGGUUUCUUGAUCAGGGGAGGUUAUCUCAGAGGAGUACUCCUUGGAGUAUGGAACCGAUAAGAUUGAAAUGCAUGUGGGUGCUGUCCAGCCGGGUGAACGUGCUCUUGUUAUAGACGAUCUCAUCGCCACUGGCGGCACCUUAUGUGCUGCAAUCCGACUACUCGAACGUGUGGGAGUGAAGGUUGUUGAGUGUGCUUGCGUUAUCGAGUUACCCGAGCUUAAGGGCCGGGAGAAACUAGGGGAGACGCCUCUGUUUAUUCUCGUAAGCUCAACUGAACCCGAGAAGGAGACAGAAGCUUGAGAGAGGAGUCUUGGAUGGAAGUGAAGACCCUUUUGCUCCAUUGAAUCAAAGUGUUGAUGGUUUUUUUUAUAAUGUUCGGUAACACGUUUCUUUGCGUUCUGUUUAACAUUCACGAGUACCCGAUUAAGAUUUACGUGGUUUGUGUUGCGACUCAUCAUCUAUGGGCAAAACAUGGUCGGAAAUAUGUCUUUGAGAGUUCCUUGAUC